ACUCAUGUGAUAAUUUCCAUAAAGACAAUUCGUUAUAACAUAUUUAGCAUCAUUUUAAUAAUUGAUUAAUUUAAAUGUUUCGUACCAUAUACAUCUUGCAAUAUCGAUGUUUGAGGCUGAGGGCCAUGUAACAUUUUGAUGCAUAAUAAUGUUAAAUAAUGACUUCUAAAUCAUAUAUGUGUGAUGUGUCACGUAAGUCCUAAGUUCUUGCGCCAAUGAUGAUCUUGACUUAUACCCAUUGUAAACGAAACAAAACAGCUUAUGGGAUUGAAAUUGAAUAUAAAUGUUCAUAAAUUUUUUACAUAAUAAACUAUUCAAAGUCUUAGGGGACCAAUUGAGAUAAACUCUAUAGUUUCAAGCACCAAAAUGUUACUUUAUUAACCAAGCUUUUCGUCUUCCCCCAAUCUACCGCCGCCGCGAAGUCUGAAUUUCAAGUUCCCCUGAUAAAUUGAUAAACCCAGAAUGACAAUUUCCCAGCGGCUUUUGACCAGCAGAGUCUGAGCACGAUCAAGAACACCACAGGACGUUGUGAGGGAUGUCUUUUGCAACUUACUCUUCACCGGUAACUAGUCGUUCGAACUCUGUUUGCUGACAAAGAGAAGAAGGUAACUACUGAAAUCUUACUUGCGUUAAAUGUUAAUUAUUUCGUCACGGUAAAAAAAGGAUGAAUCUUUGGAUUAGGGAUUGUCUGCGUAUUAGUUCGUUCCUUAGUUGAAAAAAUCAAUUGAGAUUCUUUAUAAUGCAGACUGCAAAUGCUGAGGUCUAUCUCUUUGGUUCACCAACUUCCUAUUGUCUUUUCUUCCGCCAGCUACUACUCCAUUACAGUAAAUGGGUGCAGGCGUAGGGAUUUAGAGAACAAGUUUUGAACUUUGCUUGAUCUGCUGGUUAAAGAAUGUUCAAAACAGGAAUCUUAUGCGUGAGUAAUGCUUGAAUUCUUUGGGUGCAGGAGAAUCCGCUUGGCUAAAAUGAGCUCAACACCAAUGCCGAUGUGUCCUAAAUUUAUUCCUGUUGAAGGGGGUGAAGUUUGUUCUAGAAGCAAGGCUGAUGGCUUAAGAUUCAGUGUUGUCUCUUACAACAUCUUGGCUCAGGCGUACGUGAAGAGUUCUCUUUUUCCACACUCUCCAUCUGCUUGCUUGAAGUGGAAGGCUCGUAGCCAGGCAAUCCUAACUGUUUUGAAAAGCUUAGGAGCAGACUUCCUCUGCUUGCAGGAAUUGGAUGAAUAUGAUAGCUUUUUCAACAUGAACAUGGUGAACCAUGGUUAUGCUAGUAUUUAUAUUCAACGGACUGGCAUUAAGCGUGAUGGUUGUGGAAUCUUCUAUAAACUCGACAGUGCCGAGUUGCUCUUAGAGGAAAGGGUGGAGUACAACGAUCUUGUAAACUCAGUUCCAGGUGAAGCAAAUGUACAUGGCGAUAAACAGAACUGUCGACAUGCUAACUCCGGUAGUAAUGUUCCACCAUCAAAGAACACUCGCGAAGACCGAGGAGAUCCUAACGACCCCCUUGUGAGAUUGAAGCGAGACUGUGUUGGGAUAAUGGCUGCUUUCAAACUCAAGGGUCCCUUCCAUCAUGUUGUUAUAGUUGCAAAUACACAUCUUUACUGGGAUCCAAAAUUGGCUGAUGUUAAGCUCGCACAAGCAAAGUAUCUUCUCUCGCGGCUGGCAAAGUUCAAGAUGCUGGUUUCUGAGAAGUUCGAUUAUGCACCUGAAGUCAUCCUGGCUGGCGACUUCAACUCAACCCCCGGUGACAAGGUUUACCGGUACCUCGUCUCUGGCGAUGCUUUGAACUCACCUACAGUGGAAUGUCUGGAUGAGCUACCUGUACCCUUACGCAGUGUCUACUCUGAAACCAGGGGCGGAGAACCUCCAUUCACAAACUGCACUCCAAGCUUCACUAACACACUCGACUACAUAUUCUUUUCACCUGGCGAUCAGAUCAAACCUGUCAGCUUCCUUGAACUUCCUGAAGCAGAUGAUGCUCAUGUUGUUGGUGGUCUACCGAACGAUUAUCACCCGAGCGAUCACCUUCCUAUCGGUGCUCACUUCGAGAUUAGCAAUGAAUAGGACUUCCCUUUGGAGCAAGGAAAAGCAGAUAUUUGUAACACCUUCAGCAAUUGAAGAAAUGAAUCCUUUUUUUUUUUUUUUGGAGGUAGAAAGUAUUUGGAAUUUCAAUUUUUUAAUAAAAUAAGAAGACACUUGAUUUUCCACAUUCUGACAUAAUUUCUUAGACAAAAGGCAGGGAAUGGAACUAAAUACUGAAAAUGCAAUUGCAAAUACAUUGCGUUAAUCCAUUAAUAGUGACAAGCAUAUACUUAAUAAGCAUUUUAAUGCAAU